AUGGGAACAAUACUAGAAGUUUUGCUUCGAUCAUGUGCCAGUAAAUUGCAAGAUAUCAUUACUAGUGAGGCCAUACUAAUCUUAGGGGUGGAAGAAGAGCUCGAAGAAGUGUUGCGGCGAGUAGAACUGAUACGGUGUUGUAUACAUGAUGCUGAGAAAAGGAGGACAAAAGAGCUGGCAGUAAACAAUUGGCUUGGUCAACUAAGAGAUGUUAUAUAUGAUGUUGAUGAAAUCGUGGACGUGGCUAGAUGUAAAGGAAGCAGGCUACUACUUGAUGAUCCUUCAUCACCAUCAUCAAGCAAAUCAGUAGCAUGUAAAGCCCUUUCAGUUUCCUCUUGCUUCUGUAACAUCCGAUCACGUCGUGAUGUUGCUGUUCGGAUUAGAAGCCUCAAUAGAAAGAUAGAGAAUAUCUCAAAGGACAAGAUAUUCUUAUCAUUCAAUACUAGUACACAACCUACAGAAAAUGGCUCAACAUCCAAACUGAAAAGAAGCUCCAAUCUUGUUGAGCCUAACCUUGUGGGAAAGGAAAUCAUACAUUCCAGUAGGAAGUUGGUGGACUUAGUUCUUGCACACAAGGAAAAUAAGUCUUACAAGCUUGCUAUUGUUGGAACGGGCGGAGUUGGAAAGACAACACUAGCUCAAAAAAUAUAUAAUGACACAAAAAUAAAAGGAAGCUUCAAGAUGCAUGCAUGGAUUUGUGUUUCACGGGACUACAAUGAAGUAACUCUUCUGAAAGAAGUUCUCCGGAAUAUUGGUGUGCAUCAUGAACAAGGUGAAACCAUAGCAGAGCUGCAAAGUAAGCUUGCAGAAACAAUUGAAGGGAAGAGUUUCUUUCUGGUUCUAGAUGAUGUAUGGCAUUCCAAUGUAUGGACGGGUUUAUUUAGACUUCCCUUACAUGCAACAACUAGCGAAGUAAUAUUGGUAACCACACAAGAUAAUCAAAUUGCAUUGAGAAUAGGCACACAGUACAACCAUCAAGUUGAUCUCAUGUCAGCAGAGGUGGGAUGGGAGCUGCUUUGGAGGAGCAUGAACAUUGGUGAAGAGAAACAAGUGCAGAAUUUUAGAAACACGGGGAUUGAGAUUGUUCGUAAAUGUGGUCACCUCCCUCUUGCAAUCAAGGUUACAUCUAGUGCUUUGGCCAGCAAAGAUCUAACAGAGAAUGAGUGGAAAAAGUAUCUGGGUAAAUAUAUUGGCUCCCAGAGCAUACUCUUGGACGAAGUAGAAUUAGCUUUGUAUCUAAGCUAUGAUGAGUUACCACAUCGUCUGAAACAGUGUUUCCUUUAUUGUGCUCUGUAUGUUGAAGAUUCUAUCAUUCGACGUGAUGAAGUUACCUGGUUAUGGAUUGCUGAAGGCUUCAUCGAGGAGCAGCAAGGCCAACUACUAGAAGACAUAGCAGAAGAGUACUACUACGAGCUAAUACAUCGGAAUCUCCUCCAGCCAAAUAGGAUAAGUUUUGACCAGGCUGAAUGCAAAAUGCACGACCUCUUAAGACAGCUUGCUUUGAAUAUAUCAAGGGAAGAAUGUUUUGUUGGAGAUGUUGAAUCAUUAAGGGGUGAAAAUAUGUCAAAACUGCGACGUGUUACUGCUGUUAUUAAGAAGGAUAUGUCAGUGUUACCUAGAGUGGAUAAGGUGGAAGUUAAGGUGAGGACUUUCCUAACUGUUCGUGGUCCACAGAGCAUCGAGGAUGCAUUGUUCAAGAGAUUUCUGCUCCUUCGUGUUUUAGUAUUGAACUGCUCACUUGUGCAAAGCAUUCCAAACUAUAUAGGAAAACUGAUACAUCUACGCCUACUGAAUCUAGAUUGUACUGGCAUAUCUUGUCUUCCGAAAUCCAUUGGCUCCCUAAAGAACCUUCAAGUACUGAGCUUGAGAUGGUGCGAUGAUCUGCACACUCUUCCUUCGGCAAUGACCCUGUUGAGCAGUUUAAGAUGUCUUGAUCUUCUUGGCACAAAAAUAAAUCAGGUUCCAAAAGGGAUUGGAAAAUUGAAGCUCCUCACUUGUUUUGGAGAUUAUCCUGUUGGUGAUGGAAGUGAUAAUGAUGUUAUACAAGAUGGAUGGAAGUUGGAAGAGUUGUCUUCUUUAUCGCAGAUGAGGUAUCUUUGUCUUGUUAAAUUGGAAAGAGCAGCUCACUGCAGUAGAAAUGCAGUGCUUACAGACAAAAGGCAUCUACAAAAACUAAUACUAGAGUGGACGGAACAUGGAGAGGGGUCAUAUUCAAAAGAAGAUGUUAGUAAUACUGAGAAGGUCUUUGAGCAGCUAAUACCUCCGCACAACCUGGAAGUCAUGUGUAUUUUACAUUUCCUUGGUCAGCAGUAUCCCACCUGGUUUGGUGCCACCUGUUUGUCUUCAUUAAUGUCCUUGGUCUUCAUAGGUGUACGAUCAUGUGUGCAUCUUCCACCCAUUGGGCAGCUACCCAACUUGAAAUUUCUGAGAAUUGAAGGAGCACAUGCAGUUACCAAGGUUGGACCUGAAUUUGUUGGUUGCAGGAACAGUGAUCCCGUAUGGAAUGAGUUGGUUGCUUUCCCAAAACUUGAAUGGUUGAUCUUCGCAGAUAUGCCCAAUUGGGAGGAGUGGUAUUUUUUUGAGGAAGAAGUUGCUGCUGCUGAUGUAAGGGGAGAGGAUGGAGCUGCUGAGAUUCGAAAAGAGGAUGCCCAACCUGCAAGGGUGCGACUGCUGCCUCGUUUGUUGGAAUUGCAACUUCACGGCUGCCCAAAGCUGAGGUAUCUCCCGCAGCAGCUUGGAAAGGAUACCGCCUGUUUGAAGGAGCUAAGUUUAAGAGAACUAAACAACUUGAAGUCUGUGGAGGACCGUCCAGUGCUCUCUGAGGUCCUUGUUAUUGGGUAUUGUGAAGGCCUGGAAAGGAUCUGCAACGUCCCUCAAGUGACUGAGCUGCGUGUAUUUGGUUGUCCAAACUUAAGCCAUGUAGAGGGGUUGGACAGUUUGCAGCAGCUGUGGCUGGGCGAGGAUAUGAAAGAGGUCUCUUCCCGCUGGGUGCCUGGGCUUCAAGAGCAGCACAUGCGACUUCAUGGCGAAGACAUGGAUAUCUACACAUGUUAG